AUGAAGUUCUCACUCAUCACCUUUGCCGCAGCUGUCCCUGCUCUUGCUGCUGCCGUCCCCGCUUCUGCUGAUACUGCUCAAGUCGACAAGCGUGCCGACUGCAAGCUGACUCUCCAAUGGCUCACCAACUGGAGUGAAGAUGCCCUGAGAAGAUACCGCGUGCAACUCAUCACCGAGCCGCGAAAUGAUGACCACAUUAAAAAAUAUUGUGAUCUCAUCAAAGCGGAUGCGUCCGGUGUUCACAACGUGCAAUGUUUCUGGACAGACGACGGGAAAUAUGUCAUUGACGACAGCGAAGGCGAAGGCUCUCCCGGCCAUGGUCAAUAUCUGAGCCGUUUCAACGCUGCGGCUAAGCACUUUGAAUGGGCUACUAGUUGCGAUACUGUUCGAAACCUCUAG